UACAGGUAUGCUAGACCACAGUGUAAAAUAACAGUCAAGAUUUAAUACAUUUAUUUGUUUUUUGUCAGUGAUGUUGAAAUUUAAUAUUUCUUUCCUGCCCAGCAUGUUUUGAAGGUAUUUAACAAAGUGCCGUCAUUGAUGCUAGGUACAUGUAAUUGUGUGAACAAUUGAUGUCUGAUGUACAUGUAUAUUAUACAUCUGACUCGCUUUUCAGAGGACCUUUUGGUAUCGACAUCAAGAAUCCUGAACAUUUUUCUGUGGAGAACUCUCAGCUGAGUGCAGAUAGUAGUGGUGAAACAGGGCUGCUGACAUCUGUGACAUCAAAGGAGGACAAUGUAAAACACCAGAUCCAGCUGAGUUUUGUCAUGUAUGGGGUAAAGAUGGCAAAGGACAAAAGCAGGGCCUACCUCGUCUUAACAGAUGGGGAGGUGCAGUCUGUUGCAAUAUUCAAGCCGUUUAUCCGUGUUUUAAGAGGCCCAUUGAUGUCAGAGUUCAAGGUCAUGCUGUCUAAUGUUGAACAUGUGGUCAGGCUACAGAACUCACCAGGUACAGAUGGUUCUAGUGUGGAAAUUCACAACAUUGUUGACAUCAAGUCACAGCAGAACAAAGAGCUGGCCAUGAAAGUUGACACAGAUGUCUCCAAUCAGGAUAGAGAAUUCUUUACUGAUUUGAACGGAUUCCAGGUGCACCGGCACUGCACGCUUGACAAGCUGCCUUUACAAGCUAACUACUACCAUGCCUACAAUGGUAUACCUGGAAGAUGA